AUGCAAACGGUGACGAAAAGCAGUUUGGCUGAGGAAGAAGAAGGAGGAGAAGAAGACGAAGAAGAAGAUCUUGACGGUGUGCUAUAUGUGACGCAAAAAAUUAAAGAGGAGGCAGAGGAGGAAGAUAAAACGGAUAAUAUGGCGUUAUUUGAAAUCAAGAGAGAAGAGGAGAGCGCGGUUUGGUCAAAUACAGCAAAGGUCGAACCAGACUCCAUGUUUGAUUUAAAAAGCUCGCUGUUGUUUGCUGAGCAAACCAUUUCUUCAACAGAGCAAGAUACUCAAGUAAAGAUUGAAAAAGUGGAACCAAGAAAAGAAGCAAUCUCAUGCCCGGUUUGCGAACUAAAUCUCCGCGAGAUGGAUUUCCGCAGUCGAACGGAUCAUGUUGAUACGUGUCUAGUACGCGUCACUUUUGUUGAAAAUGAAGGAUCGUCACCGGAAAGUUCAUCAUCAAGCUUGCUUUUGGACAAACAGAAGCCCGCAAAUAAGAAAAGGGCUCUACCGGAGAAAAAAGAUGCUAGUCCUGGUAAGAAAAAGAAAAUCGUCAAGGAGAAAGUGCGAUAUAUCAACACCGAAACAAACGUUAACGGGAGUGCAAAGAUCAUCAAGCCGCCUCCAGUGAAGAAAAACUCGGAUAGCUCGAGCUCAGUCUCCUCGCCAAAUACUGGCUCUAUUUCCCUUAGCACGGCAAAGCCUUCAUCAUCAUUUAACAGAAGAAAGCCUAUUUCGCCGCUUAAAACAAUGACUUUCCCCAUUGACAAGUCGCGAGAUUUGAAAUAUCAGCUUGCAGUUGACGCAUUCUGCUUUGCACCUCAUGAUACCAUUGACCAGUACUUUCUCACUCACUUCCACGCUGACCACUAUGGAGGGAUAUCCAAAAAAUGGGCCUACGAACGCGUCUUUAAGGGCGAUGAAGAUUACGAAAAUGACUCAAAAUAUAAACGGAUCAUUUACUGUACGGAGAUUACUGGCAAAUUGCUCACCUUGUAUUUCUCCGUAGACCCGAGAUUCAUCAAGCAAUUGCAAAUGGAUGCUCGGUACAAGGUCAAGAGCUACGCAGAAGCUGAAGUUGUGCUCAACGGGGGGUACAAGAGUGAUUCCACCGAUCCUGGACUAUAUGUGACAUCAAUCACUGCAAACCACUGCCCGGGAGCUGCCAUUUUUCUUUUUGAAUCCAUUGGACUAGAUGGGACCAUACAUCGAAUCUUGCAUUGCGGAGACUUUAGAGUCAAUAUGACUAUUCUCGAUCACCCUUUAUUGAAUCGGUUCAGCGUUGGCCGACGCAAUGUGGACGACACGUUGCAAAUAGACAAGGUCUACCUCGACACUACUUAUAUGAACCCCACCUAUACCUUCCCCAAACAGGAACUCGUUUGCGAUACCGUCGCGACGCUUUUCGAACAAUUGGCAACGAUGCCAGAGGGAAAUGCUGGUGGGAAUUCGUUGUUCAACACGUGGUUUGGUUUUCUCACCCAAUCACGAAUUACCGACUUUUGGCAAUCUGGACCACUGGCAACUACGAAGAAGAAGAAAUUCUUGAUUCUCGUGGGCACCUAUGUGAUUGGCAAAGAGAAACUCGCCACCGCAAUCCUGAAAAGACUCCAAUGUCCAAUUUACGUGUCAAACAUCAAUAACAGGAAAAACAAAUACGAGAUUCUAAAGACUUAUAAAGAUGAGUAUUUGGAUCUGGUGCUCACAGAUGAUGAUUUGGGCAGCAGGGACUCUAGCGAUUGUAUCGUCCAUCUUGUACCUAUGAACAUUGUGGGCUCGAUCCAGGAGCUAUCAAACUAUUUCAACCACAAUCGGUACUAUGAAAGUUUUGAAAGAUGCGUCGGGUUACGACCAACUGGGUGGAGCUUUGCCCAGAACGGGAAAGGGAAACAAGCUGACCCGGAGCCUGAUGACACAACAAUUGUGCCGCUAACUCCACUUGAAGAAGUUGUCAAGGUGAUGGAGACCACUACAAGUUACACUUUUUCCGAUCACAUUUUACCUCAGGGCACAAAGAGUGGAUCAAAAUCGGGAUCGAAAUCGGGAUCGGGAUCAUCCAGGGGAAAACCGGAUCUGGAAUUGUAUCGAAUUUACUCAAUCCCAUAUAGUGAGCACUCGUCGUUUCGAGAAUUAGCUUAUUUUGUCGUGUUUUUCAAUAUCGGGCGUGUUAUCCCAACGGUGAAUUGCAAUAACGAGUUCAAUUUGAAGCGAAUGGAAGAAAUCAUAGGCACAUGGGAGCAAGUGAGGCGGCUCAAGACUGACCGAAUGAAUGAAACUGACGCCGCUAUUGCAAGCGAGGAAAUGAUGCUGAAAGUACAAGAUCUUUCGUUGGAAACCUUUUGA